AAGUAAUAAUGACGGAGGAACAUUUAAUAAUAUUAGUCAAUAAAUAUAAGUGUUUAUAUGACGUGUCUGACUCUAAGUAUAGUGAUCAAGUGUGCAAGGAAAAUGCUUGGGAAGAAAUAUCGAAAGUAAUGAAAUGCACUGGUAAGUUUACAUAUUAUUUAAUAAAAUUGUUAUUAGCAGUCAGCUUUUUUUCAGUUACCGAUUGCAAGAAAAAAUGGACGCGAUUGAGAGAUAACUACCGAAAAUCAUUAAAAACACGUGAGAGUAAAAGUGGAGAUGCCGCUAAACCAAAAAGAGCAAUAAAGUUUGAAAAAGAACUCGAAUUUCUAAGACCAUUUCUUGAUGAUAACAACCGCACAUCAAACGUCAGCGAUAAUGAAUCUACCGCUACUGCAAAUGUAAUCACGGACAGUGAGUUAUCAUCAAACACGACUGCGUAUAGCGUUAAUUCUGAGCGAACUCUUGCCAGAAAGCGUACAAAGCCGCCCACAACUGGAGAAGUUCUGGAAAAAUAUUUAAAACAACAAGACGUCAUAGAAAAGUCUGACCCAAUCACAUCAUUUUUUUUAUCAAUGGCGGAGAUUGUUAGAAAUUUUCCACGAUCUCUACAAUUACAAGUAAGAAGGCAAGUUUUUGAUAUCGUGGAGAAUGCUGAAACUACGAUGCUCGGGCAGGAAACCUCCACUGCUUCAUCUAGUGCCUCAUUUAGUUCGGUUGGAUACGCUUCAGAUUAUACACAACAGCAAGGAUAUUCUACUCAGAUGUAA